AUGGCGACAGGUGAGAGACGAUCAAAUCUCAAGUUGCUCAGAACGUCAUUGAUUCUGGACCAAGGCGACACACGCACGACUCGUCAUGGAGACUGUCUCAGACUGUGUACUUACAACGCGAGAAGAGUGUCCACAGACGCUGACCUGCAUGCCCUUCUCAGAGCUGCAGAGCGUAUCAAAUUUCACGUGAUUGCUCCGCAGAAGACCAAGUGCAGCAGGGGCGACGUACGACAGAUGAAUGGCGGUACACUCGUCAUUCGUGGAGAGAAGGUUCCGUCGCGUAAUGUAGGCGAUGUUGGUUUUGUUAUGCACCUAUCUGUCGUCCAUCUUGUCAAUACUCACAAGAUCUUGUCACCUGGUCUGGCCACUUUUCGCCUCCGCCCUCUGCGCCAAAAAUCCAUCAGUAUCAUCAACUGCUAUUCACCAACAUCAGCAGCUGAUGAUUCCGAAUUGGACGCGUUUUACCAUGAGCUAGAGGAAGUAAUUCGCAAAGAAAAGUCCUUCCACGAAUUUGUUGUCGGAGACUUCAACGCAAAACUAGGAAAGGUCACAGAAGAGGAACACAGGAUCGGAAGAUUUGGAAUAGGGGAUCUGAAUGAAAAUGGCAAUCGUCUCGCCGGGCUGUUGUCUGCUGGCUUCUUUCAUGGGAACUCUCUUUUCAUGAAAAAAGAUCAUCGUCGGUGGACAUGGGAAUCACCCAAUGGCGCGACUCUUGCCGAGAUUGACCACAUACUCACCAACCGGAGGUGGUGUCUACUUGAUGUCUCAGUAGUACCAUCUUUUUUUAGUGGUUCUGAUCACCAACUCCUUCGUGCGAAAAUACGACUUAGCCACACGAUAGAAAAGAACAUCUGCUAUCAGCAACGAAGGAGAGAAAAAGUCGUUUACUACUGCGUACUCGAGGACUGCUUGUCCCAAGGUGACUGGCACAUCGAGGAGGACCCAACCGUAGACUACGAGAUGCUGCUCAGAGGAUUACGAGCCUGUGCUGAACGUGCCUCGAAGUUGCGCACGACAAACUUGGAUCGAAUUUCGAGGACCACCAAGAAAUUGUUGGAAAGAAGAAGGGCUUUGAGGCUUGAUCCGAAUGCAUCGCACAUUGAGCGGUUAGUAGCAAACACCAGCUGCCGAAAAGCGUUGCAGGAGGAUCUUUUGAAAUACAGGCAGAAGAAGAUUCUGGAAGCAGUACAAAGAACAAAGAAGAACGAGCCUAAAGAAGUGCCACAGGGAUCUCCGCGAAUAUAA